AUGGCGGCGAAACGCAUCUCCCUCGGCGCCGCCCUGCGCACGAGCUCCCAAUUGACGCCCCGCGCCGCAGCACCAACAGCUCUACGCAGCUUUGCGACCUCGGCAUCCCAAGCUUCACGGCCUCUGGUCCUCAGCACCCGGCCGUCCGCACGGGCGACAGCGGCAGUCACAGCAUCGUCAUCCUCCUCCCAGCGCGGCGUGCGGUGGUCCUCCGAGUCGGCGACGGGGAGCAAGAUCUACAGUUUCGAAGAGAUCCGCGCCCUCUCCAAGGACGCCUCGCGGCCGCUGACCAUCGUCGACGUGCGCGAGCCGGGCGAGCUGGCGUCGACGGGGCGGAUCCCGGGGGCCGUCAACGUGCCGAUCACGACGGCGCCCGACAGCUUCCACAUCGCCGACGACGAGUUCGCCGACCGCUUCGGCUUCGAGCGCCCCGGCAAGGUCGACGAGGUCGUCUUCUACUGCAAGGCCGGCGUGCGCAGCCGCGCGGCCGCGGGCAUCGCGCGCGACGCCGGCUGGACCCGCGUCGGCGAGUACCCCGGCAGCUGGAUCGAUUGGGCCGGCAAGGGUGGGGAGAUCGAGCGGUCUUGA